AUGUUCUCCAAGCCGUUAAUCGGAACCCCUGGAAGGCGGUCGCCCGCUAAAACAUACGAGUUCACGCCAGUCGGCGGCGUGAGCCAGGCGAGACACACGGCUCACACCCCCUUAACACAGCGAAACGCCAGUCAGCCGUCGCCCUACUCUCCUGCCUUUGAUGCUGCUGAUAGAACUGCAGAUGAGACUUUUGACACGAUAAAUGGCUUUGACAACCACAACUUCAACACAAAGGCGCCGGCGCCAGAGUUCGCGUACAAGCCAAUCUUGAAUGAGGGCUCCAACUUGGUGAAGGAGCAGCAAGAGAACUUCCAGCGGCUUGAAAACGAAAACUACAAUCUCAAGAUUAAACUUGCCACGCUUAAUCGGUACUUGGGCGCCACGCCCGCGGAGCAGCGCCAGGUGGUGGAACAGAACAUCGAGCUCAAGCAACGGUUGCUCGAGAUGAGCAGGGCUCUGGACUCGGAUAAGGAAAACAGCCCAGAAAAGGGGGCAGAUUCCCGCGAGGAACGAAUUGCUUCCCUAGGGGCAGAGUUGGAGAUGGUUUUAGGUGACUUAGAAGCCCUCAACGACGUCGCAGCAGACUUGGAAACUGAAAACACCCGGCUUGAGCGGAAAAAUCUGGAGUUGAACCGCCUACUUGAGGUCACACCAGACCAGGCAGCUGUCGCUGGUUUGAAGGAGGAAGCGCAAAAGUACAGAGGUAUGGCGGAAGACCUUCAGUAUGAAUUGAGACUGAAGGAAGUAUCGAUAGAGGAGCUUCAAGACCAAUUAAGACGGAGAGAACUGACAUUAGAUGACCUCCAUGACCAGUUGAGACAGAAGGAUGUAUCUUUGGAGAAUCUAAAGCAGAGAGAACUUUCUCUGGGGAAUCUCGAAGGCCUAGUAAGACAGAAAGAACUGGCCUUGGUUGAUCUCCAGGAAAAGUUAAGGCGAACUGAACUGGCCUUGGAUGCCAAGUCCCAACGAUUUGAUGAACAGUCCACAGAGAUUGCGGCUUUGCGCACUAAGCUAGACAACGUGCACUCCCGCUCGUUUGAAAAUACCCUUGAAACGACCAAAAAUAACGCGCUCCUUCGCCAGCUCCAGGACGAGCUCGAGAAGGAAGUUGCUGCCAAGGAUGCUGAGCAGCAAAAGGUGUUUGCGCUCAGGGAGCAGCUUACAAGACUUGAGCAGCGGUGUCAAGCAUUGGUCCAAGACUUGAAGGAGGCUACGGGUAAUGCUUCAGAAAAUAAUGUCUUUGCAGAAAGGGUAGAGUCUUUGGAGAGACAGUUGGAAGCUUCGGAACUGGCCAAGUUCGACCUCCAGCGGGAAAGAGCCCUUUUGCGCGAGGAAGUUUCACUGCUCAAGGCAAAACCUUCGGGCACCCACCUCACAGAAUUGAGGCUGGAAAUUGAAAACUUGACGGAAAAGCUCCGUUAUUACGAGACGGAAUACGAAACUUUGGAACGCGAGCUUACUGCUACCAGGGCUGAAUUGAAUGAGAUAAAGAGUCUGGCUCAGAAGGGUGUCCACAAUGAUGCUUUGAGGGAAGCGAGAUUGGAAGAGGAAAUGGAUGUGUUGAGACUGGUCAAUCGGAAACUCACCCGAGAACUCGAAACCGAGAGACUGAGCCGAAGCUCGGACCUCAGAGAGUACGAGCGCGAUUCCAGGAGAAAGAUCACCGCCCUCGAAACGGAGAUAUCCAGACUCGGCUCGGAUCAGAAGGGCUACGCGUCGCUUGAAGCCGAAAUCUCGCGUCUCAACGCUGAAGCGGAAAAUUAUGCCUCGCUUGAGGCCGAGACCUCCCGCCUAAAUGAACAGAUGAAGGAGCUCACUAUGUUAGCUGAGCGUAAUGAACUCAAGUACGAAGACAAGAUCGGUGCUUUGGAACGGGAAAAAAGUCGGUUGGUGGAGACCUUAGACGGCAAUGAGCGCGAAAUAUCCAUGUUGGAGGAUAGGUUACGCGAGAUCCACUCUAAAAAUAAGUUCAGCUUCCUCAAUGAAGACAGCGAGAAGCUCGAGUUGGUCAAGCUCAAGGCGUUGAACGAAUCCAAAAUCCGGAUGCUUUCGUUAGAGAACGACACUCUCCAGAAGGAAUUCAGCUCUAAGUUGGACUACUAUGAGAAACAGCUUGCCAAUCUUCAGGAAGACAACUCCAAAGCUCGCUACAACGAUGCGUUGCGCGAUCAGCUUGCCAAGGCCACCAAGGCACGGGAAGACAUGGCCGAAAAGUUGUCGGAGGUAUACGAUACGUGCGAGAGCUUGAAGUGGGAGAGCUCGCAAAAGACGAACGAAAAUGCGUUGUUGAGAGAUAUUGUCAAGCAGCUUCAGGAGACUGAAGAAUUGCUUAAGCAUGAGGUUAAGCUCAAGCGGGAAGAUGACUUCAGGUUUGACAGCGAAUUGGCGAGUGAUUCCAAGGACGCCAAGAAACUCGCAAGAGAAUAUGCUGAGCUCAAAGAGACACUCAUGCUGAAGUGCCGUUCGUUGUAUGGUGACAAAGCCUCGCUUAACCACCAGGUGGAAGUGUUGACGGAGAAGCUCACCAAAGCGACGCUCCAGCCGUCUGCGACAAAGCUCCACGAACGGUUACAUUUGUUGGAAAGCGAGUUGCACUUUUUCAAGGCCAAGCUCUAUGAGGCCAGUCUCUACUCCAACGACUUGACGUUUGUAAACCAGUAUGUGCUUUCGCGGAUUCAAAACUCCAGUCGGAUCAUCAGCAACGACGCUUUAAAGUUGCAGGCAGUAGGAGUUUACCCAGCUCCUAGGGACCAUAGAAAGCCAGUGUCGUUCAAAGCGGUGGCAUUGAUGGUGUUAGCGAUGGUUAGGCUCCGCAGAAGGGGCGCACGCAGAGUGAAGCGUGAGGCCCAAAUGGAUGAAUUGCGCAAGGAGAUUCAGCUGGCGAAAAUUGUUUUGUUAGAGUAG